UAAAAAUAGCUUUUCAUGGCAAGGAAGAUAUUUUGAUGAACACAAAGCUGAAUGUAGUUAAAGAUACCCAAAGGAUUAGCUAGUAGUUUCUUUAUGACUUGUGAGUCCACACAAGCACAUAAACCGUGCUAGAUCUGUUUUGAAGUACUUGAUAAGUACGCAAAGUGUUCUCAAACAUUUGAUGGACAGUGUCUGAUUUUGGUGUUUUUGGGAAACAUUAGCGACCAAAGCUCAGAUCACCUGUGGACCUGUACCUGAUAAAUGAACCCUCCCUGCCCUACCGUCUCUCUGAAUAGAGGAGGAGAAAGAGAUUGAGAGAAGAUGGAGAAGAAGAAGGGGCGGGAGAUGCUCACCACUCCAAAUUUUUUUUGAGGGGGAAAACUUACUCCUAGGCAUAAACCACUGUGUGAUUCUCAAGGCACUGCAGAGGCGGCUGGUCAACCUGUGAUUUGCCUUCCUCUAGUUCUUUCUUGCUUUUUUUCCUUUGCUCCCCUGUGCACUGAGGAGAGUGCCGGGAUCUCCAGGAAUCACAGAGAAGAACAAGAGAAGAAUAAAGUCAACAUACAGUGUAGAACCUCGCCAUGUCAUUGCCAGUGUUUCCACGCCUUGCCUGCGUCGUCCUCCUGGCCAUCUGGGGCUGGAGCUGUUCCAGCACAGCCUUCCCCUUCAACAUGUCCAUGGAAGGUAGCGGGAAUGAGCCGGAGCCGAUUUUCCCCACAUCCCACAGCACCCAAGUCCCACCUGCAUCGCUACCAUCCCCUUCUCCUCCACCCAGCAUCACCACCACCUUCAUCCGAAUCAAGGACUUCCUGUUCAACCGCGUGGUGGACUUCCUGCAGGACAACCUGCUCCUCAUCAUUGUGGUGACGUCUCUGCUGGUCGUCAUCGUCUUCAUCGUGUGCUGUGCCUCGGCCAUGAGCCACAAGCGCAAGCUCGAGGCCUACUACCCGCCCAAGAAGUAUGUACCUCGGAAGUACGUGACGAACCAAGGGGCAGAAAGGCCUCAGCAACAGCAAGCCCAGCCAGACAUUAAGCCCCAGGGCACCACAAGCUACCUGCGCACCCCAUCCAAGGCCCUGGUGGGUGAGAAGGAGGGCAAGGACCCCAGGCCUAAGCCGCAAGAAGCGGCAAAACCAGCUGAGGAGGUGGAGGAGGUGGAGGUGCCGAAAGAAGAGGAGAAGAAAAGGAAGGAGGAGUCCAAGCCCAGCACUUCAGCAGCCGGAAAUGGUCAAGUAAUGGUGUGCACCUGUCACCUGAAGAAGGGCCACUGAUCGGAGACCUGGAUGGCUGGGGAAUGGCUUUUGAGGUCUUGUGCAUUUGCUGGGAAUGACACAUUUGAUUCCGUCUAACCUUCAAAGUUCAGCUGUUCAGACAUUUCUGUCUGGGAAACUCUUCGUUGGGUAAAUCAAGUUAUAGUUUUGAGGCCCUCUGCCUUUGGAACACGUACUAAACAAUUUGAAAGAAAAUUCUC